CCUAUUGAAUGCAUCUGGGAAGUCGGACAAUGCUGGAACGGUGGACAGUGCCAUAACAACGCUUUAGUAACCAAGAACAUUUUGCACAAACUUGUUUUCUUAUUGAAGAAAGUAGACUUAGCUUGCAGGUCCAGCACAUGCCAAAAAAUACAUAACAUUUAACACCAUCAAGGACACUUUGUACAGGUAAUGCAGAUUUAUAAAUUGUUCUUAAAUUGAUACAUUAUGUAACGUAUUGCAUGAUUUCAAGUGAACUCUAUUGUUUUGCUCUGUGAUGCCAACCGUGCACAAAUGUAUCGCAGUGGAAACUCAAUCUGGCAAUGGCUUUCAUCACCUUUUGCGCUCAUGCCAGGCACUUUUUCGCGAGGGGAGUGUGACGCAACAGUUCAAUUGCUGAUAGUUUUCUCCAAGGCCAGGGUGCUGUUGUACUCUUUGUUGCUACUGCCUGCAACUAGAGCAAAACGUUGCACCCACCGAUUUGGUUCAUUCGAUGUAAUUUUUAACAAUAGAAAAUAAAAGUUAAAGUUGUUAAAUCCAGUGGUGGAAAAAGUACCCAAUUGUCAUACUUGAGUAAAAGUAAAGAUACCAUAAUAGAAAAUGACUCAAGUAAAAGUCACCCAGUAAAAUCCAGGUUGAGUAAAAGUAAAGAUACCAUAAUAGAAAAUGACUCAAGUAAAAGUCACCCAGUAAAAUCCAGGUUGAGUAAAAGUCUAAAAUUAUUUGGUUUUAAAUAUACUUAAGUAUCAAAAGUAAAUGUAAUUGCUAAAAUAUACUUAAGUAUCAAAAGUAAAAAUAUAAAUAAUUUCAAAUUCAUUAUAUUAAGCAAACCAGACGGCACCAUUUUCUUUAAUUUACGGAUAGCCAGGGGCACGCUCCAACACUCAGACAUAAUUUACAAACGAAGCAUGUGUUUAGUAAAUCCGACAGAUUAGAGGCAGUAGGGAUGACCAGGGAUGUUCUCUUGAUAAAUGUGUGAAUUAGACCAUUUUCCUGCUAAGCAUUAAAAAUGUAACCAGUACUUUCGGGUGUCAGGAAAAAUGUAUGGAGUAAAAAGUAGAUAAUGUUCUUCAGGAAUGUAGUGAAGUAAAAGUUGUCAAAAAUAUAAAUAGUUAAGUAAAGAACAGAUACCCCAAAAAACUACUUAAGAAGUACUUUUAAGUAUUUUUACUUAAGUACUUUACACCACUGGUUAAAUCAUCAGAUUGUUGCACUGCAUCUGUCGAUGAAUCAUGUACGGUACAGUAACUAUCGCAUGCUUGAACUGAGCACAUUAUUUUAUUUUUCAUGACGUAGCAUAGUAAAUGUAAAUCCUGGACACUGAACAUAGUAUGAUACAGAAUGUUACGUUUGGUAUAGUUAGAUAAGACAGAAGGUUACUUAAGGCAGAAAUGAAAGGAGGGUGAUUGGUCGGGAUGGGUGGACAUUUCAUCACAGACAAUUCUAGCUAAUUAGCAACUUUGCAACUAGUGAGUACUUUUUAGCUACUAAGUAACUAUACUGAACAAAAAUAUAAACACCAAGUGUUGGUCCCAUGUUUCAUUAGCAGAAAUAAAAUAUCACAGAAAUGUCUCUUAAAUUUUGUGCACUAAUUUGUUUACAUCCCUCUUAGUGAGCAUUUCUCCUUUGCCAAUAUAAUCCACCCACCUGGCAGGUGUGGCAUAUCAAGAAGCUGAUUAAACAGCAUGAUCAUUACACAGGUACACCUUGUGCUGGGGACAAAAAAAGGCAAUUCUAAAAUGUGACCGACCAGCUCGAUUCAGUCUUAUGUAGCAACAUUUUAAAUUGUGUAUUUUAACAUUGGUUAAAAGUAGAGACUCAGAGCUAGAAAAUGUUAUAUAUCAUACACUACAGUUGAGAAACAAUGGGAAAGUAAUUCUGCUUUGAAAGUUGAUAAACUUGGAACCCCACUUUUGAGAAAAUGGCCCUUGAAUGUUUUAGUACACCUACUGGAGAGCUCUUCUUUGUCUACACCCAUUCAGCAUCGUUCACACCCUACGUCUAUCGACAUGUCUGUAUACAGUUGUCAUUCAUUAUUACAGGAAAAUAAACUCACAACAAUAUCCUUUUUUACAAGUUAAUGGUGAGCUAUUUAAAGAAAAUAGCUUACGGUUGUGAGUGUGACGAAAUAAAAGCAGAGAAUUUUAGAACUUGGACACUGUCUCAUUGGCCUAACGUCAUAUCCUAAUUUGACUGGUGCAGGUCAUGUUGUCCUUUACAUGACCGUCUCUGGUAAACACACACUAUAUCAAAUAUAAUCAAAGUUGAUUUGUCACAUGCACAGGAUACAGAAGGUGUAAACGGUACAGUGAAAUUGUUUCUUGCAUAGUGCAGUCUUUUUUUUUUAGACUAUCUAUCUAGCUAAACAAUGAACCAUAAUCCCAACUCAUAACUUUACUACCCUGCAUUAAUCUACAGGUAGCUAAACACUAACCAGCUAGGUUCAAUGUUAGCUAGCUAGCAAACAUUAGGAUAUAACUAGCAAUGCAAAUGGCUCUGAGAUAUGAAUAAUAUUACUACACAGAUCAUACACGUAACGUAACGUUAGCUAGCGAGCCAGCCAGCUAACGUUAGCUAGCUAGCUAACAGUAAGCUUUAACUUGCAAUGAAAAUGAUUUUCUGACAAAAUUAGAAACGUAUCAUAUCUGAAAAUGUAGCUAGCUAGACUCUCUUACCCGUAUACAUGGAUGAACGCUUCUCCUUCUGUCACGGAUGCCAUGGUUGCCCUUAGUUUGAAGACGUAAUCCGGAGACAGGUGUUUUAUACAACAGCCUUCUCUUUUUGACUCCCUCCGCAUUUGCAAUCAAAUGCCUGAAUUUUCUCCAUCUCCUUAGCUAUCAUACUCUGCUUCCACCAGGCAUUCCACUGAUUUCAAAACUCAGUCCUCCAGAAAGUGGAGAGCUAACUUUAAAAAAAAUCUGCGUUAGUAAGGAUUAUCUACACAUACUGAGCAGCUCAAUCCGAACUCAUCUCUCGGCAUGUCCAGCCCAUGCAUUAUCUCAGCCAAUCAUGGCUAGCGGGAAGGUUCCUGACGUUUUCUGUGGCUAAACCAACUAGGCUCGUAAUUUAACCAUUUUAUUCGUAUUUACAGAUGGCAUACACGUUUGUUAUUAAGGCACAUGAAAGUUCACAUGCUCCAGAAGGCAUUUUUGCCUAAAAACACAUUUUGAUAAAUAAAUAAAAGUUUACGUUCAAAUGUCUCUCCUGUGAAGUAGUGAUGCGUGACAUACGCCUAGUGUGCAAUUGGCAUUCUGACUGCAGGAAUGUCCACCAGUGCUGUAGCCAGAUAAUUUAAUGUUAAUUUCUCUACCAUAAGCCGCCUCCAACGUUGUUGUAGAGAAUUUGGCAGUACGUCCAACCGGCCUCAAAACCGCAGACCACGUGUAACCACGCCAGCCCACGACCUCACAACCGCAGACCACGUGUAACCACGCCAGGCCAGGACCUCCACAUCCGGCUUAUUCUCCUGCGGGAUCAUCUGAGACCAGCCAGCUGGACAACUGAUGAAACUGUGGGUUUGCACAAUUGAGGAAUUUCUGCACAAACUGUCAGAAACCGUCUCAGGGAAUCUCAUCUGCGUGCUCGUCGUCCUCACCAGGGUCUUGACCUGACUGCAGUUUGGCAUUGUAACUGACUUCAGUGGGCAAAUGCUCACCUUCGAUGGCCACUGGCACGUUGGAGAAGUGUGCUCUUCACGGAUGAAUCAUGGUUUCAACUGUACUGGGCAGAUGGCAGACAGCAUCUUAUGGCGUCUUGUGGGCAAGCUGUUUGCUGAUGUCAACAUUGUGAACAGAGUGCCCCAUGGUGGGGUUAUGGUAUGGGCAGGCAUAGGCUAUGGACAAUGAACACAAUUUCAUUUUAUCGAUGGAAAUUUGAAUGCACAGAGAUACCGUGACGAGAUCCUGAGGUCCAUUAUCGUGCCAUUCAUCCGCCGCCAUCACCUCAUGUUUCAUCAUGAUAAUGCACGGCCCCAUGUAGCAAGGAUCUGCACACAAUUCCUGGAAGCUGAAAAUGUCCCAGUUCUUCCAUGGCCUGCAUACUCACCAGACAUGUCACCCUUUGAGCAUGUUUGGGAUGCUCUGGAUCGACGUGUACGACAGCCUGUUCCACUUCCAGCCAAUAUCCAGAAACUUUGCACAGCCAUUGAAGAGGAGUGGGACAACAUUCCAAAUGCCACAAUGAACAAUCUGAUCAACUCUAUGCGAAGGAGAUGUGUCGUGCUGCAUGAGGCAAAUGGUGGUCACACCAGAUACUGACUGGUUUUCUGAUCCACGCCCUACUUUUUUUUAAAGGUAUUCGUGACCAACCGAUGCAAAUGUGUAUUCCUAGUCAUGUGAAAUCCAUAGAUUAGGGCCUAAUGAAUUUAUUACAAUUGACUGAUUUCCUUAUGAACUGUAACUCAGUAAAAUCUUUGGAAUUCUUGCAUGUUGCUUUUAUAUUUUUUGUUCAGCAUGUUGGCUAACCCUUCCCCUAACUUUAACCUAACCACUAGCCUAGCUAAUGUUAGCUAUCUAGCUAACAUUAGCAUUAGCCAUCUAGCUAAUGUUAGCAACAACAAAUUAGACUUUUUUAACAUAUCAUACGUAUUGCAAAUUCUUAACAUAUUGCACAAAUUGCAAUUCAUGACACAUCAAACGAAUUGUAAUUCGUAACAUAUACAAAAUAGAUGAUGGACAUCCACAAAUUAAUACAUACCAUACGAAACAUUACAUAUCAUACAGAGGGACACAGAUUUACGUUUACUAAGUCCAGGUUGAAAUGUUAGCUAAAUGUCAAAGUGUAAUUGAUUUAGGUAUUCAAAAAUAUAUAUUUUCAGUAUCAACCAUUGUCUUUGCAUGCAUAUUAGUAUUAAUGCUCGAUGCAUAUAGCAGUUGCAGAUAUAUUACCAUAUUCAAUCAAAACCUUUAUCUGGUUUUCGGGGGAAUGAUUCUCAGAAGACCUCAAGUAGUCAAGGUUUUGCUUUUCCCAUCUCAUGACCUCUGUCUACUAUUGGCAAAUUGAAUUACUUGUCAUCCGAUGCACUCAUCACUUUCAAUAUACUGUCCUGUCCAAAUAGAAAUGACCACUGUCAGUUAAACAAUCAAUGAUGUUUUUGUCUCUCCUGCGUGCUUUUGUUUCAGCAUAAUGACAACUUUAUCACAGACAAAGGAAAUCUUCCGGAGAGCAGAUGCUGUGUGCUUUGAUGUGGACAGCACUGUCAUCAGAGAAGAAGGCAUUGAUGAGCUAGCCAAAUUCUGCGGGGUUGGAGAUGCUGUCACAGAAAUGUAUGUUGUGUAGCAAUUCGUAAUGAUUUUAAGAUGAAAAGCAUGUGCUUUCUUCUCUCCCUUCUUUAUCUAGGCCCAUCUACAUUCCCCUGUACCAUCAUUUUCUACAUGUUAUUUUCUAAAUGUUUCAUUCUCAACAUAUUUGUUGAGUACAUUGAGUUUCUCUCAUUUCAGGACUCGCCAGGCCAUGGGAGGGUCAGUGACUUUUAAAACCGCUCUGACAGAGCGCCUGUCGAUCAUCCGAUGCUCGAGGGAACAAGUGAACAAACUGAUAACUGACCACCCUCCCCAGUUGACGACAGGUAUUAAGUAAGUGGUUGUUGAUUCAAUUGGUCAAUUUUUUCCCCCACUCAACACUAUUUGAUUAUUAGCAGACUAUUGUAAUUGUAUUGUCAUUCCCACAUAAAAUGGUUGAACUUCCAGUAGUCUCUUCAAGCCGGGUGUCUAACCUCAAGUUGCAUAAUCACUUAUGAAACCUGUACUAAUUUCUGCAUGUUGUAGAAUAAAUUGACACAUUUCCAUCCAUUGUCCAGGGAGCUUGUUGAUACUCUGCACCAGCGCAACGUGAAGGUGUUCCUGGUAUCUGGUGGUUUCCGCUGUAUCGUGGAGCAUGUCGCCACUCAACUCAACAUUCCUCUCCAUCACGUGUAUGCCAACCGCCUCAAGUUCUACUUCAAUGGUAAGAGCAGAUCAGAGCAGCAUCAGAAUCACCUCACACUGUUGCAGGGAUGAACUGUGGUUGAUGACUGUAUGAUCAUUAAUGUAUGAAUAUUAUGGGUUAUUUUGGUUUGACGACUGGAAGCAAAAACAGGUGGCCAUCUUAUCACUUCAGUAUCCCUGCACAUUGUACAUUUGGUAUUGGCACUGACCCUGUAUAUAGCUUCCUCUCUUAUUUCUUAAUUCUCGUGUUUUCUUUAUUAUAUACACUACCAGUCAAAAGUUUGGACACACCUACCAAGAAAUUCCACAAAUUAGCUUUUAACAAGGCACACCUGUUAAUUGAAAUGCAUUCCAGGUGACUACCUCAUGAAGCUGGUUGAGAGAAUGCCAAGAGUGUGCAAAGCUGUCAUCAAGGCAAAGGGAGGCUAUUUGAAAAAUCUCGAAUAUACAAUAUUUUUUGAUUUGUUUAACACUUUUUUGGUUACUACAUGAUUCCAUAUGUGUUAUUUCAUAGUUUUGAUGUCUUCACUAUUAUUCAACAAUGUAGAAAAUAGUAAAAAUAAAGAAAAACCCUGGAAUGAGUAGGGUGUCCAAACUUUUGACUGGUACUGUAUAUAUUUUAUUUGCAUUAGUUAUACUAUUUUGAUAUUGAUUACUGCACUGUUGGGUAGAGCUUGCAAGUGAAGCAUUUUACUGUACUUGUGCAUAUGACAACUUGAACUGAACUUCAGAGGGCUGGUUUCAGCCAAGCAAGCAGUAGAUUGGCCUCUACAGGAAGGAAUUCUUUACUAAUUCAAACCGUAAUAUUUUCCUCCUAGGUGAGUAUGCUGGCUUUGACGAGACCCAGCCCACAUCUGAGAGUAAUGGAAAGGGGAAGGUGAUCAGCAUGCUCAAGGAGAAGCACAGCUUCAAGAACGUGGUGAUGAUUGGCGAUGGAGCCACAGACCUGGAGGCCUGUCCCCCUGCAGUAAGUGUUGUCUUGUCAAUACACUUAAAGACAGGUGACAAGCUAGUAUUUAUAGCUGUUACUUAUGUCAUCUCCAGCGUUCUGUCAUAGAAUACUUUAUUGUCCAUCUUGUGAAGGAAAUUUGUAUUUUUUUCUAUCUGCUCCCAACACCCCUAGACACCACAGAAACGCACACACACAACACAUUUUAGGUGGAGCACAGAGUUAACAGCAGUGCAGUGCCCGUGGAGGAGUUACAGUUGAAGUCGGAAGUUUACAUACACCUUAGCCAAAUACAUUUAAACUCAGUUUUUCACAAUUCCUGGCAUUUAAUCCUGUCUUAGGUCAGUUAGGAUCACCACUUUAUUUUAAGAAUGUGAAAUGUCAGAAUAAUAGUAGAGAGAAUGAUUGAUUUAUUUAAGCUUUUAUUUCUUUCAUCACAUUCCCAGUGGGUCAGAAGUUUACAUACACUCAAUUAGUAUUUGGUAGCAUUGCCUUUAAAUUGUUCGGGUAGCCUUCCACAAGCUUCCCACAAUAAGUUGGGUAAAUUUUGGCUCAUUCCUCCUGACAGAGCUGGUGUAACUGAGUCAGGUUUGUAGGCCUCCUUGCUCGCACACGCCUUUUCAGUUCUGCCCACACAUUUUCUAUAGGAUUGAGGUCAGGGCUUUGUGAUGGCCACUCCAAUACCUUGACUUUGUUGUCCUUAAGCCAUUUUGCCACAACUUUGGAAGUAUGCUUGGGGUCAUUGUCCAUUUGGAAGACCCAUUUGCGACCAAUCUUUAACUUCCUGACUGAUAUCUUGAGAUGUUGCUUCAAUAUAUCCACAUAAUUUUCCUUCCUCAUGAUGCCAUCUAUUUUGUGAAGUGCACCAGUCCAUCCUGUAGCAAAGCACCCCCACAGCAUGAUGCUGCCACCCCCGUGCUUCACAGUUGAGAUGGUGUUCUUCGGCUUGCAAGCGUCCUCCUGUUUCCUCCAAACAUAACGAUGGUCAUUAUGGCCAAACAGUUCUAUUUUUGUUUCAUCAGACCAGAGGACAUUUCUCCAAAAAGUACGAUCUUUGUCCCCAUGUGCAGAUGCAAACCGUAGUCUGGCUUUUUUAUGGCGGUUUUGGAGAAGUGGCUUCUUCCUUGCUGAGCGGCCUUUCAGGUUAUGUCGAUAUAGGGCUCGUUUUACUGUGGAUGUAAAUACUUCUGUACCCGUUUCCUCCAGCAUCUUCACAAGGUCCUUUGCUGUGGUUCUGGGAUUGAUUUGCAGUUUUCGCACCAAAGUACGUUCAUCUCUAGGAGACAGAACGCGUCUCCUUCCUGGGUGGUAUGAUGGCUGCGUGGUCCAAUGGUGUUUAUACUUGCGUACUAUUGUUUGUACAGAUGAAUGUGGUACCAUCAGGUGUUUGGAAAUUGCUCCCAAGGAUGAACCAUACUUGAGGUCUAUAAUUCAUUUGGCUGAUUUCUUUUGAUUUUCCCAUGAUGUCAAGCAAAGAGGCACUGAGUUUGAAGGUAGGCCUUAAAAUACAUCCACAGGUACACCUCCAAUUGACUCAAAUGAUGUCAAUUAGCCUAUCAGAAGCUUCUAAAGCUAUGACAUCAUUUUCUGGAAUUUUCCAAGCUGUUUAAAGGCACAGUCAACUUAGUGUAUGUAAACCUCUGACCCACUGGAAUUGUGAUAGUGAAUUAUAAGUGAAAUAAUCUGUCUGUAAACAAUUGUUGGAAAAAUGACUUGUCAUGCACAAAGUAGAUGUCCUAACCGACUUGCCAAAACUAUAGUUUGUUAACAAGAAAUGUGUGGAGUGGUUGAAAAACGAGUUUUAAUGACUCCAACCUAAGUGUAUGUAAACUUCCCACUUCAACUGUAAUUAUUAAGUGCCUUUUUCAAAGACACAAUUGCAGGGGUGUAUUCACUAGGAACCAAACAGAAGCAAACGGAAUGAACCGGGGAGGAACCUACCUGAAUGUAUCUAAUAGAAACUCUAGUUUGCAUUGCAAAACAUUUUGCUACGGUCUGCAACUAAUGAAUACACCCCAGUACUAGAUUGUCAGGCGUUAAAGGCAGCUAUAAUGUAAAGUAACACUGGAAUAAUGGACACUGGAUGCCUUUUGACUUUUAAGCUAUUUUCCUCACUACAUUGUUUUGUUUUUCAGAAUGCAUUCAUUGGAUUUGGUGGAAACGUGGUCAGGCAGCAAGUAAAGGGGAGAAGUUUGUGGUACGUCACAAGUUUUGGAGAGCUGCUAAAAGAACUGGAGAAGAUUUAACAAGGAAAUACCAUACAAACUUGAACCCUCUUACAACUAUUGUUACUAAUGCUAACAUCAGUGUUUUAUUUUCACCUAAUGGUGUGCCUUUUAUGGUUUUAUCCAGUGCACACUUUUUAUUUAAUUUCCAGUCAAUAGAUUUUUUUUUUUUAUGAAUGAAAAUGUUUCCACUACAAGUGUCUUCUUGGGUUUGACCCUUGUUGAUUUUUCUACUAGAGAAUAUUUAAAAAAAUUCAGGUUAACUAAAUGUUAUCCUUUUUGGAGGGAUUUGAGCAGGGUUGGAGUCAAUUCCAUUUCAAUUCAGUAUUUUAGUUUAAUUACAGAAUUAAUUUAAUCCAAUCCUGGAUGUG